AUCCGCCUGUGUACAGUUUGCGCGUUAAUUAGUAUAUGCGCGGAGUAAAGGGUAACGAGUUUCAACACUUCUCUCUGUCUCUGCUCCUGUCCAAGUUUGCGCGUUGCUUGCUACCUAUGCGUACGCUCGCGAAUCAAAAAUCCCGCUUCGCUCUGUUUAUACGCUUUCGCGCCCGUUAAUCCAGUCGAUCUGCAUACUCGCUUUCCAUAUCCCAAAAGUUACACAUUCGGAUAAAGUUUGAAGGCGCGAUAAGGAUAAUAUUAAAAUUCGUUCCGCUCUCUCUCUCUCUCUCUCUCGAAUUGCGUCACGUAUCCCUGAUCUCGUUUGACAUUUACAGCGAGCUUUUCUUCUAUCGAUGCCCCGGGAAGGGCUAAUCGAGUCGCGAGAUAAGUGGCUUAUCGAUCUCUCUCGCUUCGCGAUCCACAUCUGUGUAUAUCUAUAGUUGUAUAAUUGCGUUUGGGCAAAUUCAACGACGACGCGGUUGUUAUGUUAAUUCUAACCUCGCGAGAGAUCCAAUAACCUUUUCGUCGCUUUAAUCAGUACUGACCCUCGCGGUAUUACACACACGCGCGAGUCGGAAUAAAAGCUCCGCAGUUGAGGAGAAUACACGCAUAUAGAGGCGAAAAUCCCGACAAACAAACCGCGUCAAAGGCGGCUCUUCUUUUGCGGCGGCGGCGGCUCACGGGCAAUUACACCGACGAGGAGAGAGAGAGAGAGAGAGAGAGAGAGAGGACUGCGGAAAGCGUCGGCGGCGACAGGGCCAAAUCAGAGCCAGCGGAACGAACAUUUGAGUUUGAGCGGCCGCGAAAUCAGCCGGGGUUUACCCAGCUGAGCGCGGGAUUACGCGCGUCGCUGCUAUGGAAUAUCUCCGCCACUGGCCAUCCGCACCGACGACGGUUUACACACGGAGCUCUAGCUCGAGCACUGCAAAUAUCGCGGAGAGCUUUUAGUCGCUGCGAGCUACGUAACAUUCGAAAAAGGAAAAGAAGGAUGACGAAGGAAUGCAGAAAAUCACGCUUUCUCGAGCGCGUGCUCACGGUUAUCUCGAAUCUCGGCGCUCUGCGCGGCUCCAGCGCCAGGGACAUCCUGAACUACCUGCUGAGCAGCUGCGCCGACAAGUCGAGCAGCAGGAACCUCACCUUGCAGCUGCAGCAAGCUCUGAAAGAAGCGGUGAUCGCCGGCCUCCUCAAGCUCCAAGGCGGCCGUUACAAAAUCUGCAGCAAGUCGGCCGAUGCACCGCCGAAGCUCAAGAGCGACGAGGAGGAAAAGUCGAAGCUGCCGCCGAGGCAGAAAACGAAGAAGAAGAAGAAGAGGAAGAAGAGGAAGGGAAAACAUUCGAGCAGGCGAACGAGCGAGAAACGCGGCGGGAAUUCCGAGGCAUCCGGAGCAGAAAAGCGCGCCGGCAACGACGACAGUAGGUCGAACGGACAUCAAAGCAAGUCCGAGAAGAAUCCAUCGGCCGAGUAGCGAAAAAAAAGGAGCAACAACGCAUAUACGUACCGCAGCAGUUUUCCUCAUCGUCGGCGUCUUCGAAAAAACCAUGUCAAGAGUGUGCACUCGUGUCUCACGGCUCGUGCUUUCUUUUCCUUGCAGAUUGCUUCGAUCAGCGGAAAAAGCUUGUGGGGAGGGGGGGGGACCCAUCGAUAGUGUGUACCGAUGGAUUUCGCGCGGUGAUUGUUGGGGGAAAUUUUUUGUGAGAGAGAAAAAAACAAGAUUUAAUCGAAUCUAACAGCGGAAAUAAAUUCGGAAUCGAUACGCGGCUGCAGCUUCUUUUAUUCGCUACAUCCAAAGGAGCGCAACGAGCGCGACGCCUAAUACAUAUAACAUGCAACUAUCCAAUUUAUACGGCCGAGUUGCUAUUAGAUUCGGAAAUUGGGGAUGCGAAUCAAUCUUCUCUCUCGCUCUCUAGCGGAAAUAAGAAUAUUCAUUUCAUUAUACCGCGACGACGAGUCGGCAACGCAUAAAUAUGGAUAAGAGCGAAAAGACGAAAUCGAGAGACUGAUAUAAUUGAAAGCGCGUCCCGGCGAAUAAGUCGAGGCAAAUUUUAUGCGCCGCGAAUCUUUAACAACUUGUCUUUUACUCCGAUCUGAAUCCGAGAAAGCUGCGUUUCUCUAUGCUUUGAUUGAUUUAAGGCGUCCGCUUCUAUGCUAAUGUCCGAAUUAUUAUUCAAGCCCUUAUCGAGCCCGAAAGCACUUAUACACGCGUGUGUGUCGAGCCUCGAGAGACGCAGCGCAGCCGUCAUUCGCUGGGUCGGUCAAAAAAAAAAAAAAAAAAAAAAAAAAAA